AUGAUUUCAAAAUUAUGGAAAGUUCACUGGGCCAUGUGCUACCCACCACCAUUUUGCAAAGUACGGUAUAGUUCAAAAUCACCUCUCACACACAAGAAAAGCAAGCUUGAGGUAUGGGAGGGAAUAACUGUCAAGGAAUUGUCUUCGGCUGCUAAAAUUUCUCCUCAUAUAAUUCUUAAAACUCUAAACUCAGCCCUUACUACAAAACAUAAAGCAAACACCGAUUCAAAGUUGGAGGAUAAAACAAUCAUCGAAACUCUAGUGAGACUAAUGGGAUUUACACCAGUGUUCAGUCCUCAGGUUAUUCACGAAACAAUUGACUAUGAUGCUUAUCCAAGACCUCCUUGUCCUCCAGAAAAUUGUGAACCUCGCCCCCCUAUUGUUGCUGUGUUGGGACAUGUGGAUCACGGAAAAACAACUUUGUUAGAUGCUUUGCGCUCCAGUAGAGUUGUCGAUGAGGAAUUCGGAGGCAUAACUCAGCAUCUUGGCGCGUUUACAGUAUCUUUGUCAUCUGUUGAACGCAAUGCUGGAUAUACAGUUCCCGAUUCUGUGUCAUUCCCUAGAAGCAUCACAUUUCUAGAUACGCCAGGUCAUGCAGCAUUUUCCGGUAUCCGUUUACGAAGUGCUAAAGUGACUGAUAUAAUGCUUUUGGUAGUCGCUGCUGAUGAUGGCGUUCAGCCUCAAACUGUCGAGGCAAUUCGUUAUGCAAAAGAAACAGACACUCCUAUAGUUGUAGCAAUCAAUAAAAUUGAUAAACACAAUGUGAAUGUGGAUAAAGUAGUUCAAAGUUUAGCUACCUAUGAAGUUGUAACUGAACAAUUAGGUGGAGAUGUACAAGCAGUUCCAAUAUCGGCAUUAAAUCGAUUAAAUCUUUCUGGUUUACUAGAAGCUGUUAUCCUUCAAGCUGAAAUAAUGCAGUUGAAAGCAGAUCAUACUGGAUUGGCUGAAGGUAUUGUUUUAGAAUCUCAAACACUUCUCGGAAUUGGAAAAACGGCUACUUGUCUGAUUACUCGAGGUGUUUUGCGUAAAUCGCCCAAGAGUGGUCCACUUAUAGCUGGUGAAGCCAUCUGUACCCCACGAAUCUUGUUAGCCGAUACAGGAAAACCUGUGGAUUCAGUUAAACCUGGAUAUGUAGCGCGAAUAGCAGGUUGGAAAGACCUCCCAUCUGCAGGAGAUCUUAUCCUAGAGUUGGAAUCUAAAAGGCGGGCGGAUGAAGUUCAGCAGUUUCGACGACGUAUAAUAAUGCAACAGAAAGCUAUAGAAGAUCGUAAUGCUUAUGAUGUUCAAGCAUCCCGCCAUCGAGAAUAUCGCAGUAAAUACACUGAAAAACGUUUGACUCUUCAUCGCAGCCAGUGGCGAAAAUUUAAGAUGGAACAUAAUUCAUCUGAGUUUAGUUCAUAUCAGGAAAAUUCUAAUGAAGUUUCCGUAUCACUCAUAAUCAAAAGUGAUGUACAAGGUAGUUUAGAAGCGAUAAAAACACUCCUUUCAACUUAUCCAUCAGAUCAAUGCAAAAUAGAAUAUUGUGUUACUGGUGUUGGUCCAUUGACUGAAUCUGAAGUAGAAGCUGCAGCUGCAGUUGAUGCAACUGUACUACUAUUCAAUAUUCAUGCUCUUCCAGAAGCAACAAGUAGAGCUAAACAAAAAUGUGUUAACAUUAAGGAAUUCAAUAUUAUCUAUAGAUUAGCUGAAGAAGUUAAAGAAUUAGUGAAUGAAAAGCUUCCACCGGUAUUAGUUGAAAAGAUAAUUGGUGAAGCGGAAAUUCUCCAACUAUUUACUAUUAAAACACCUAGAAAUGUUGUAAAGACUGGACUAUUACCAGUCGCUGGAUGUAGAUGUAUUAAAGGAAGUAUUAUCGCUAACAUAACUAAAAUAGGUUCUAUUCUUACAGAUCUAGAUGUUGAUAGUAAACCAGUGGAAUUGUGUUACCGCGUUGUCCGUCCAACACACUAUCCAACAUCUCCAGACAAUGGAAACAGAGAAAAUUCAACUACCACCGAAAAUAAUUUUUCCGAUUCUAAAGAUAUCGUAGUAAAUCGAGCUAACUGUUACUCACUGCGUCAUGAAAAAUCUGUAGUUGACAGUAUUCGAAAAGGAGUACACUGUGGUAUUGUACUAGCUUAUCCAGAAGUUCCAAAUACUCACAGUGAGAAUAGAAAUGUAUCAGCAGAGAAUUUUAUUUCAGAAUGGAAAGUAGGAGAUAUAAUCCAAUGUUUUAUAACAAUAAACGAAAAACCUUCAAUCGAUUGGGAUUUUGAGACUUACAAUAUAGAAACAGCAAAUACUCAAAAUGGCAUAACUUGA